AGUUCUAACUCCCGGGACAAAGUCAGGGACGGGCCGCUCUUGGUGUCAGGUGUCAGCACACACUAGCUGUGGAGUGACAACAUGGCUUAGAAAUAGCAGCAGGGCUUCUAUAAAGGAGAUAGACGGGCAUGUUCCUAGACACAGACAGCAGAGACCACCAGACCAUCACCAUCACCACAGAGGCAAGAGAGAGGAGAGAGCUGCCUGAACCAUCACAGAUUACCUUGGCUAGCAACUACAGACAGACAGAUAAUCCAGAGAGAAGAACACCGAACACAGAGAUACCAAGACAGACAGAUAGAUAGAGGAGUCCUAGAAGCUAACGGAGGUGAUAAAAACCGAUAUAAGGACAGAGCUUCACCCACACAGAACCGUGAUAAUGCAGGUGUGUACCGUUGUUGAGAAGCGUGCUGGGGCCGUGGUGGGGGCUGAGCUGGCCUGCAGCGUACAUGAAGAGAACCAGGCUCAGAGGGAGAGCUACAAAGCCGACUGGAACAGUGUUAACAUGAAGACCCGGGCCAUGGACAGGCAGACAAUGAACAUGAACGAUGACUCUCGUAGGGAGACCUACACUCGUCAGUGGGAGGCUCGCUCUCUGGCCCAGGCCUGUCCCUCGGGGGUGUACAGAGUGGGCACCGUGGAGAGGGGUGUGAGAGAGCACCAGCUUCUGCCCAAGAGGAACACCCUGCCGCUGCCCAUCUUCACCCCUGCACAGCUAGGCAUCCGGCUGGGUCGCGGAGCACCACACACCCAGGAGGACCUCCGUCCCUUCCCCAUCUCCGACGGUGUCUGCCCUGGCAAGAGGGCCAUGGUUGAGAUCACACAGGACCUGCCUCCCGCCAAGCCACUCAGGAUGGAGUUCGCCAAGGCGCCCAAAGCACUGGGCCGCUCCGUGUCACAGGAGGCCCAGAGAGGGUGAAGGAAGAGGAGAGGAACAAUGGACGUUAGAGUGAAAGGUUAACUUUGGGGCUCAGCCCAUCAGAUAACAGCAUGGAGGGAUGUAUAUAGAUUUAUUCCUAGUGACAUUUAUUCCAUCCCUAUUCCCUAGAAGUGCCGUCACACAGUGUAUACCUUUCCUGUUUCAUUAAGUAUUACAUGUAUACUAGGGACAUAUCCAAUGCCAUACUGUUUGUUAUACAAGGUAUUAUUUGCUUAGAGAUCUGAUGGCAUCUUUUGAUUGACAGAAAGGUGUGUUUCAGCUGUGCCAUCAACUAAUCUCCCUGUUGACUGGAAAAGACCAGACUGUCCUUGUCACGUCUACACACUGAAUGAACUGCCCCUGCCCCCCUGCCUGGCUAAAGCCAGCUGUGGAUAAGCCACACAGCAUAGUAUGGCAUUCUGACCGCAUUGUGUGCAGUGGUACAUUCUGACAGCAUUGUCAUAUUAUGGCAAUGACACCUCACAGUAUUGAGACAGCAGGACAUUUAAUAUGCUCAACCAAUGGGCUUAUGAGGAUGUAUUUUUUGAUAUAUUCAUGUGGAAUGAUGCACAGAUGAGGGAGGUGAGGGAAGGGAAAUAUGAAGAUAUCAAAGACGCUUCAAAAGGGACAGAGUGGGAGAGAGCAGAAGAGAAUUGGAACUGUAGAGAGGAACAAGAAAGUGGGCACGGAGGGAGGGGUGGGCUCAACAUACCUUGGCAUCCAUCCCUCUUCUUUUGUAAGAAUGGAGAGCUGGUGAGCCUCCAGACCUUCAGAAGUCCUUGACACACUCUAAUCCUGGGUGAGAGGACAGAACGGUACAACAUGAUCCCACACUGGGAACCCAGACAAAGGAGCCACCUGAGCACAGACGUCAAUUCAACAUCGAUUCCACGUUGGUUCAAUGUCAUUUCAUUGAAAUGAUGUGGAAACAACGUUGAUUCAACCAGUGUGUGCCCAGUGGGAGGUUUGUGUGUGCUGACAUGUCUGGAUGGUCCCGGGUCAGGACUCAAGUCAUUGA